AUGGACAAGCAAAAUUCCAUACCUUUCAUUUGUUUCUCUUUCAUUCUCCUUGUACUUACAUUGAUUCCAUUACGAUGUGGUGCUAGUGACGGUGGUGGUGGUGAUGAUAGGAAAACAUACAUCGUCUACUUGGGAUCACUUCCUAUGGAAUUAUCUUCUUAUUCCUCCUUAACCUCACACCACCUUAGUAUUCUCCGAAAAGCUACUAAUAAUGGCGUUGACGACCUCAAUAAUGAUGUCACGGACUCCUUGAUUCGAAGCUAUGCUAAAAGCUUCAACGGGUUUGCAGCAAAACUCAGCAGUGAUCAAAGGGACAAGAUGGCUGAGAUGGAAGAGGUUGUCUCAGUGUUUGAAAGCAGAACAUAUCAAACCCAGACAACAAGAUCAUGGGACUUCCUCGGAUUCACCGAGAAAGCGGCAAGACAAAGAAACUCGUCAUCUGCAGAAAGUGAUGUCAUAGUCGGAGUAAUUGACAACGGAAUAUGGCCAGAAUCUGAGAGUUUCAGCGACGCAGGCCUCAGCCCUGUCCCUAAGAAAUGGAAAGGUACUUGUUCUGGGGGGAAGAACUUCACCUGCAACAACAAGAUCAUCGGAGCUCGGGUUUAUCCCAAGGAUCGUGAUUCUGCUAGAGACAGAAACGGCCAUGGAACCCACACUGCCUCCACAAUAGCUGGGAAUAUAGUUCCUGAUGUCAGCUUUUAUGGAAUAGCAAAUGGAACAGCAAGAGGAGGGUUUCCAUCUGCAAGAAUCGCUGCAUAUGUAGCUUGUGAAUUUGACGGACUUGUUUGCAAAGGAGAAGAUAUCUUGGCCGCUUUUGAUGAUGCCAUUUCAGAUGGCGUCGACAUAAUUUCAGCGUCCUUAGGGCUUUCCGACAUCCUUGAUUUUCUCAGUGACGUAAUAGCCAUUGGAUCUUUCCACGCCAUGAAGAGUGGAAUCCUCACCGUCCAUUCCGCCGGCAACAACGGCCCUGAGAUCGUCACAGUUGCAAGUGUUGCACCUUGGAUCCUAACCGUUGGUGCAAGUACCACAGAUCGCAAAAUCAUCGACAAGGUUGUUCUUGGGAAUGACAAGAUUCUAACUGGGUUCUCUAUAAAUGGUUUUAAGUCAAAUGGCUCAAAGUUUCCUAUAGCUAACACUACAUGUCUUGAAGAAAAAGACACUGUCAAAGGUAAGAUUGUGUUAUGUCAAGCUCUGCCUGCUGUAGGAGACAACCUUCAGGAACUCGGUAUUGUGGGUGUGAUCGAAAAUUCACGUUAUUCAUAUCCUGGUUUUUCUGAUGUGGUUACUCUACCUUCACUGAAAAUUCCCGACGAGGAUUUUGAAAGUGUUGUGUCUUAUACAAAUUCAAGUGAAAGCCCUAAAGCUGAGAUAUUGAAGAGUGAGAUUUCCGAAGACAAAUCCGCCCCUAUAACAGCUCCGUUCUCUUCACGUGGGCCAAAUUUAGUAGUGGCAGAGAUUGUGAAACCAGAUAUAAGUGCUCCAGGAGUAGAGAUUUUGGCUGCAUAUUCACCGUUUGGGCCAGUUUCGAGCAGUCCAGAAGACAAAAGAUCUGUGAGAUACAUUUUUCUAUCAGGAACCUCCAUGGCUUGCCCUCACGUUUCUGGAAUAUCUGCGUAUUUAAAGGCUCUUCACCCAGAUUGGUCACCGGCAGCCAUUAAAUCUGCUAUUUUAACCACAGCAAAACCCAUGAAGAAAGUUGAUUAUUGGGAUUUCGUUGGAGAGUUUGAACAUGGAUCAGGGCUUUUAAAUCCAUUACAGGCUAGUAACCCUGGGUUGAUUUAUGACAUAUCAAAGGAUGAUUACGUGGCAAUGCUGUGUAACCUUGGGUUUAACACUUCACAAAUUAAGCAGAUUUCUGGACAAAGUAGCCCUUGUCCUGGAACUUCUAGCAGAGAUUUGGUGAAAAAUCUGAAUUAUCCUUCAUUGGCGGCUAAAGUUGAGCCUUUGAAGUCAUUUAAGGUUGAAUUCAAAAGGACAGUGACAAAUGUUGGAUUUGCCAACUCAACGUAUAAAGCAAGUCUUUCAGCAAGUUUAAAUAUGACUUUGACAGUGAAACCUGAAGUUCUGUCGUUCAAAUCAUUGAAUGAGAAGAAAUCUUUUGUGGUCAACGUUAGCGGAAAAGAACUUUCAGAUUAUGAAGCAAUCUCUUCAUCGUUGGUUUGGUCAGACGGCACCCAUGUUGUGAGAAGUCCAAUUGUUGUAAUGACGCGCAAUACUCCUUAA